AUGGCGCCAACUCAGCUAGAAAUCAAGGUUCGUGCUCUCCAAAGAUUGAUAAAGGAGGAAAAGUACUAUCAGGAUGAGCUCAGAGAACAGAGAGAACGUGUAGAACUAUUGAAGAGGGACGCAUCAGUUGAUCCCUAUGAACUUAAAAAACAGAUUGAGGUUAUGCAGGACACAGAGCGGCUUCUACCAAGGUUUUACGAAAAGGUUCAGCAGUUUUACAACGACCUAAAGGAUUUCGUCAAUGGCUACAAUGGCGACGAGGACACUGCUGACGCACAUAACGCUCUAAAGCUUGGCAACGACUUGCUCGCCUCAAGAAAGUAG